AUGCUGAAUAUCAAAGGGGAGUCGGAGGGACUACAGACUCUGGGGAUUGUGGUGGUAGUGUGUACAUCACUGAAACUUCUACACUUUCUCGGACUCAUUGAUUUCUCUGACAAUAAGGUUGAAGAUGAGCUAGAAAUGGCCACAGUCUGCCACCGACCUGAGGGCUUAGGACAACUUCAGGCCCAAACCAACUUCACCAAGAGGGAACUUCAGGUGCUCUACAGGGGGUUUAAGAAUGAAUGCCCCAAUGGUGUUGUCAAUGAGGAGACUUUUAAGGAGAUUUACUCUCAGUUUUUUCCACAGGGAGAUGCCAGUAUGUAUGCUCAUUACCUCUUUAAUGCCUUCGACAUCGCUCACAAUGGUUCCAUCAAAUUUGAGGAUUUUGUGAUGGCUCUUUCAGUAUUACUGAGGGGUACAGUUCAUGAGAAGCUCAGAUGGACAUUUAACCUGUAUGAUAUUAAUAAGGAUGGAUAUAUAAACAAAGAGGAAAUGACUGACAUUGUGAGAGCCAUCUACGACAUGAUGGGCAAGUAUACAUACCCUGUGCUGAAGGUCGAUGCGCCUCGACAACAUGUUGACAUCUUUUUUCAGAAAAUGGACAGGAACAAAGAUGGAGUGUUAACGAUUGAUGAGUUUAUUGAAUCCUGCCUUCAGGAUGAAAAUAUCAUGAGAUCUUUGCAGCUUUUUGAAAAUGUUAUGUAG